AUGCGAAGGAUGAUAAAGAUGAAGAAAAUAUUAAUAAAGUAAAUAGAUUACUUAAUGGAUUGACUGAAAGUAGACAACAAGGUACCAGUAGUACUGGUCCAUUGGGUAGUCCUUUUCGUGCAAUGGAUGAUUUAUCUGGAUUUGAAGUAGAUCAGGAACAGCUAUUGCAAUUACUUCAAGGUCAUGGUGCCUUCGGUGGAAGUUUACCCAUCACAUCUACUACACCUGCUAGUGAGCCACAAUCAGCCACUGCUGCAACAUCAGAGGCUGGCACUGGUGCACAAACAUCCGAGAACAUGCUUACUCCUGAACAGCUAGGCAGUUUGCGAAAUAUUUUGUCUGAAAUACAGGUUCCCGGUGA